AUGAACAGCAUAGGGGAGGGAUGCACCGACCUGAAGUGCGAGUAUGACCAGUGCUUCAAUCGCUGGUUUGCCGAGAAGUUCCUCAAGGGGGACAGUUCCGGCGACCCGUGCACCGACCUCUUCAAGCGCUACCAGCAGCAGUGUGUUCAGAAAGCAAUAAAAGAGAAGGAGAUUCCUAUUGAAGGACUGGAGUUCAUGGGCCAUGGCAAAGAAAAGCCUGAAAGCUCUUCUUGACCUUGACAGCCACCUUGAAAAUGGACUCCUCAAAUAAGGAAAUUGAGCACUCUGGAUUUUGUGAAGGCUGUGAAGAUGGCCAUUGAUUUAACGAGUUUAGGAGGGAGUGCUUGUAUUUCCUCCUCCUCGAUGUUUUCUUCUCACUUGUAAAAGAUGAUGAACCAUCACUCUGCUUUGGGAUGAUUUCUCAUUUGCUCUGGCAUUGUGCAGGAACUCAAUGUGCUAAAACUGAAUUUCUUGGGAUUAUGGUUGCCAUAUUUCAUCUGGGAUCAGCUUUGAAUAUACCUUUUAUGUAAAUAAUGAUAAACAUGUCAGGAUGAUCAGGAUUUCCUGACCUCGAGUUAUGCUGCGAAGAA